AUUUCAGGAUUGUAAAAAUAGCAAUCUGUUUUGACACAUGCUUGGGAUGAAAAUGUUUUCAUCAUUUCACGCACUCGCAAAAAGCCAAAUAAAUGCGACCGUAACUUUUGCUUAGACUAUUUAAAUAUUAAGAAAAUCAAAAAGAUCAGAUAAUGGCAACAAGUUUCCAGAAAAAGUCGAGAGGAAAGGGCCUGCAAAUCUCAGGAGCCAAACCUUCGCUGUACAACAAUCAACUGCUGGUUUCGUCUGGGAUUCCUUCUUUGGAUCAUCUUCUGGGCGGAGGUUUAGCGGUUGGAACAGUCUUGUUAAUAGAGGAAGAUGUGUUUGGAAAUUACUCGCGUUUAAUGCUUAAAUAUUUCUGUGCCGAAGCAGUAAUGACAGGACAUUCAAUGCUACUUGCCAGUGCUGAUUUAUCUCCGGACCAGCUUUUGAGUGAUUUACCUAGACCCAUCAUCGAUGACCCUGUCAAUGCUGAUGAACAAACCAAAGAACAAUAUUUUGAUGAACAUAUGAAGAUAGCCUGGCGUUAUACAAAUUUACCGAAAUUUCAGUCAACACCCACCACUGUUAAAUUUGGUCACUACUACGACCUUAGUAAAACAAUGGAAGAGGAUUUGCUGAAGACUGCAAAUGCUGAAAUGAUUAAGAUUGGUAUAAAUAAUGCUGAUAAUUUUUCAAUGGCAACAAAUGCAUCCAAUUAUAUGGCGCUUAUAGAGAAGAUUCAGAAUAAAAUUGAAAUGGAACACUUCAGUACCUCAUCCAAUCCUGAAAAAAGGAACAUAUUACGAAUUGCGUUACAUUCAAUAGGGUCGCCACUAUGGGGAGAGAAUGGUGGUUUGCUACCUGAUGGUGAAUAUGACCCAUCACUUUCCCGCUUUCUUUUGGCAUUGCGUGCCAUUUUGAGAUCUGCAUUUGCUGUCUGUGUUCUAACACUACCCACCCACCUUAUGUGUGAUCAGGCAUUUGUAAACAGAAUCGAAAGGCUGUGUGACACCGUGGUUCAUGUAGACAGCUUUGCUGGGUCGGACAAGGAGAAAAAUCCAGCCUUCAAAGAGUAUCAUGGGCUAUUUAAUAUCAAGAAACUGCCUAGCCUGAACACACUAAUGUGUCAUAUGCCUGAUUCUUUAGAUUUGGCGUUCAAACUUCGCAGAAAGAAGUUUACCAUUGAGAAAUUGCAUCUUCCACCUGAACUUUCUGACAGCGCCAACCGUUCACAAGAGGACCCAGAUAAGAGAAUCAAACCUGAAUCUGGCUGUGGUAAUGGUGGCAACAGCAAGCUAGACUUUUAAAUAACCCUCUAAAAGUGCUGGACAGUUGAUGUUUUUUUGUCAAAUUAUAGAAGUUUUAAUGUAUAUUCUGUUUAUUAAAGAUUACGACGAACAUU